AUGAUGAACCCAAUUAUUUCUGAACUUAAUCCAAUGGAUUUUUCUUUAUUCGAUGAACACGACAUAUCCGAUGAUUUAUUUGGUGGAUUUGAUUUACCAGUAGAUGAUAUUCAAAAUACAAAAUCAUUAUCUUAUAACGAUGUAAUCGAUUCUUCAGAACAAGAGACAAUGAUGAAGAUGAUGGAUGAGAUGAGCCCUGAAUUCAAAUCCGAUUUUGAGAAACUAUUGGAAGAUUUAUCAUCAACAACUGCCAAUGAUCCUUUCUAUGAUUAUUCGUCUUCCAUCGAUACUACAUUUUCAUAUGCCCAAACAAAAUGUGAUGUUGGAACCGAUCCAAUGAUGUUACCUCAACAAUCCGAACAACAAAUAUCAGUUACUGACGCUAAUAGCAUGAAACAACUGAACACAAUCACUAUACCACAAUUACCAGCACGGACAACAAAAGUUGUUCAUUUAAAACGAGCACCAAUUACCAAGAAAGCUAAAGUUGUUCAGAUACCAUCAUCAAAUAAUGGUAACGUUCGUACUUUUCCUAGUUUUAUCCAAAUAUCGGGUCUGCAGACAUCCAAACCAACUAUUCUUAUUACAACUACACCGCCACAAACAACACAACAAGCAACACUUCCAGCUGGUUGCUAUCAACUUCAAUUAGAGAGUAAUAAUACAUUACACACAGGCACAAUCAUUAAUGAAGCAACAACACCCACCACUUUAGCAGAAGAAUGUGAUGCGGACGAAUCUGAAUGUUUCGAUGGUGACCUUCCCAUGACUCCGUCGACUUCCAGUGAAUCAGCUGACGAUCGAACAACAUCACCUGAUACAAUGGCGAAUGAUUGCUCCACCUAUGUAUCUAGCAAUAGUAAUCGUCAUCAUCCCUACUCAUCAGUCAAAUCAUCACCAACAAAUAGUUCAUUUGUAACUUCAGCAAUGCUAACCGAUCUUGGAAAACUGCCUUCAUCUGGCCCAUUAAUUCUGACCGAUGAAGAACUAAAACUAAUCAAACAAGAAGGUUAUCAAAUACCAACGAAAUUACCACUAACAAAAACAGAAGAAAAAAUAUUAAAAAAAAUUCGUCGAAAGAUAAAAAAUAAAAUUUCAGCACAAGAAAGUCGUCGUAAGAAAAAAGAAUAUGUCGAUACUUUAGAAAGACAAAUAGCAAAAUAUAUGGAUGAAAAUGGCACUUUAAAAGACAAAUUAACAAACAUGGAAAAAAAUCAUCGAUCAUUAUUACAAGAACUACAAUCUCUCAGAUCAAUAGUGGGCAAAGGUUCAACAGCUACAGGAACUGUUUUAAUGGUGUUAGUUUUAUUUUUUGCUGUUCUUUUUGGUAUUUGGUCUCCUAUUGCAACUAAACAAGAGGAUUUUAUGCGUUCGUCACCAUCAAAUGCUCUCUCAGCACCAACGAAUCAAGAUAGAUCUAAUAGCAAUAGUCUUGUCUCGCGAACUACAACAAAAUUAUUAGAUCGUCAAGACAUUAAACAAGAACCAUCAUCAGCGGCAUUUUCACCCUAUGCUACGAGUUAUAAAUCACGUGUUUUAUUAUCCGUUUUUGAUGAACAACAACGACAGGAUGAUGAUAAAAAUUAUGGUCCAUAUUUACCAAAUAAAUAUAAAUCUAGUUCAAAUGUUAAACAGCAACAUGCACGAGUUCAUACAUACUCAAAUACGUUAGAGAAAUAUAUGAAUAAAAAUUUAAAAACAGAAAAUGUAUUUAAAGAUGAUAGUGGCAUAUUGAAUCAAGCCUAUCCUAAAAUUUGCAAUGAAAACUCAUCAUGUCUAAAACGUCCAUUAGCACCGAUACAUGAGCCAUCUGUUGUUUUAACAGAUAGUAAAAAAAUUAAAUUUGAUACUGCAGUUCGUCCAAAUUAUACAUCAAAUUAUCGAAUUAAUGAAAAAGUUGUUGUUAUCGAUUUAUCUGAUCAAAUGGAUACAUUAAUUGGUCAUAACGGCACUACACUUCAUGGUGAUGUUAAACCAUUAAAAAUUAUACGUGUUGAACGAACAACACCGUCCAAUACAAAUGAUACAUUAAAGAAUAAUAAUAUCGUGUAA